AUGGGGGACCUUCAGCAUAAAAUACUUGAAAUUUUGAACGUAUCUGGUUCGAUUGCGGACACUAGUAAAGAAUUGCCAGAUGCUGAUCCUCAACAAGUUUAUGCAGCUUUAAAUUCUCUCUCUUCCAGGUCGAUGAUAACUUACAAGGUGCACCAACAUGAUGUUUGGCAUCUUACCGAUGAGGCAAAAGAUGUGGUAGCAAAUGGAUCUCAUGAGUUCCGACUUUUAAAUGAAGUCAUAAAACGUCUUGAGGGUUUGAAGAUUUCCGAAGUUACUUCAAUCAUGGGUAAAAGUGGAAAGAUUGCUCAGGGUCGGGCCUUCAAGAAUGGUUGGAUUCGUAAGGAUGGUGAUAAAUUGUUGUCCAAAGUUUCAGGGACUGACAAUAUUAGAGAUGAAACUGCCGAACAAUUGAGAAAAAUUGAAAAGCAGGGAACUUUGGAAAACAAAAAGGAAUUAAAAGAUCUUAAGAAGAGAAAGCUGAUUACUGCAGCUAAUGUGAACACCUACUCAGUUGAAAAGGGAGUUGAGUUCUCUAUCGAGAUAAAAAAACUCGAGACGGAUAUUACUGCAGAAAUGGUGCAAAGUGGUUCUUGGAAUAAAGCUGCAUUUAAGCCUUAUAACUUUUGUUCCCAAGGUGUUUUCCCUCAUUCUGGUGCAUUGCAUCCGCUAAAUAAAGUUCGGGAAGAAUUCCGGCAAAUUUUCUUUUCUAUGGGCUUUACUGAGAUGCCAUCAAAUCAGUAUGUUGAAAGUGGUUUUUGGAACUUUGAUACCUUGUUUGUUCCCCAACAGCAUCCUGCCCGUGAUCUUCAGGAUACAUUUUAUUUGAAAGAUCCGGUUAAGGCAGAUCCUCCAAAAGAUAAACAAUAUUGGGAGAAUAUUAAAAAGGUUCAUCAAGGAGGCGCCUUUGGAUCGAUAGGCUAUAGGUACCCUUGGAGAGCUGAAGAGUCGUUGAGAGAAGUUCUCAGAACACACACAACUGCUGUGUCUUCAAAAAUGCUUAAGAAGCUUGCAGAUGAUCCAAAGCCAACCAGAUUGUUUUCUAUCGAUCGUGUCUUCCGUAAUGAAGCUGUUGAUGCAACUCAUUUAGCAGAAUUUCAUCAAGUUGAAGGCGUUUUUGCAGACUACAGUCUAACCUUAGGUGAUUUAAUUGGUUUUAUGCAACAGUUCUUUUCGCACAUGGGUGUCAAUGAUCUUCGUUUCAAACCAACAUAUAAUCCAUACACCGAACCAUCUAUGGAAAUUUAUGCAUGGCAUUCAGGAUUGAAGGAAUGGGUUGAGAUUGGAAAUUCUGGCAUGUUUAGACCUGAGAUGUUGGAGCCUAUGGGAUUACCUAAAAAUUUAAGAGUCCUUGGAUGGGGAUUGUCGUUGGAGAGACCAACUAUGAUCAAGUACGGUGUCAAGAAUAUUAGAGAGUUGUUGGGUCAUAAGGUCAAUCUCGACUUUAUUGAAAGUAAUCCUGCUCCAAGAUUGGAACAACAGAUUUUUUGA